AUGUCAGCCAGAAAGGGCUAUCUGCUCCCUUCGCCAAAUUAUCCCACAACAAUGUCAUGCUCGGAGAGCCCCGCCGCGAACUCUUUUUUGGUCGACUCGCUCAUCAGCUCGGGCAGAGGCGAGGCUGGCGGUGGUGGCAGCGGCGCGGGGGGCGGUGGCGGCGGCGGCGGCUACUACGCCCACGGCGGGGUAUACCUGCCUCCGGCCGCCGACCUGCCCUACGGGCUGCAGAGCUGCGGGCUCUUCCCGGCUCUGGGAGGCAAGCGCAAUGAGGCGGCGUCGCCGGGCGGCGGCGGCAGCAGCGGGGGCCUGGGUCCCGGGGCGCACGGCUACGCGCCCGCGCCUAUAGACCUGUGGCUGGACGCGCCCCGGUCGUGUCGGAUGGAGCCGCCCGAGGGGCCGCCGCCACCGCCCCAGCAGCAGCCACCGCCCCCGCCGCAACCACCCCAACCCCCGCCGCAGGCCACCUCGUGCUCUUUCGCGCAGAACAUCAAAGAGGAGAGCUCCUACUGCCUCUACGACUCGGCAGACAAAUGCCCCAAAGGCUCCACCGCCACAGCCGAGCUGGCUCCCUUCCCGCGGGGCCCGCCGCCCGACGGCUGCUCCCUGAGCACCUCCAGCGGGGUGCCAGUGCCUGGCUACUUCCGCCUCUCCCAGGCCUAUGGCACCGCCAAGGGUUACGGCAGCAGCGGCGGCGCGCAACAGCUCGGCGCCGGCCCGUUCCCCGCUCAGCCCCCCGGGCGCGGCUUCGACCCGCCACCCGCCCUCGCCUCCGGCUCAGCGGAUGCAGCCCGGAAAGAGCGAGCCCUCGAUUCACCGCCGCCCCCUACGCUGACUUGCGGUGGUGGCGGCGGCGGCGGGGGCUCACAGGGCGACGAGGAGGCGCACGCGUCGUCCUCGGCCGCAGAGGAGCUCUCCCCGGCCCCUUCCGAGAGCAGCAAAGCCUCGCCCGAGAAGGACUCCCUGGGCAAUUCCAAAGGCGAAAACGCAGCCAACUGGCUCACGGCAAAGAGCGGCAGGAAGAAGCGCUGCCCCUACACCAAGCACCAGACGCUGGAGCUGGAGAAGGAGUUUCUGUUCAACAUGUACCUUACUCGAGAGCGGCGCCUAGAGAUCAGCCGCAGCGUCCACCUCACGGACAGACAAGUUAAAAUCUGGUUUCAGAAUCGCAGGAUGAAACUGAAGAAAAUGAACCGAGAAAACCGAAUCCGGGAGCUCACAGCCAAUUUUAAUUUUUCCUGAUGAAGCUCCAGGCAAUGCCGUUUUUUCGCUGCCAGAGAGCCGU